CCAAAGGCUCAUAAUUUAGGGUUUAUCGAAGGUUUUGGGGAUAAAUUAAUAGAUCUUGCAAUCUAGAGAAAGAGAAGAACAAAAUAAAGCAAAGAUGUUCGGAGGAAUGUUCCAGAAGAAACCAAGCAAGGAAGAAGCUCUGAAGCAGCUUCGCUCCCAUGGAUUGAUGUUCGGAGCAUGGGUUGUUGCUAUUCGGGUCACUCCUUAUGUUCUUCAGUAUUUCCAGAAAGAGGAGAUCACUUUGGAUCUUUGAUUCACCCCCACCAAAAUUAAGUGACACAAGAGAGAGAUUGAAAAUGAAGGGAGAUAUUAUUUGUUUAGGUUGCCCAAGUUGUCGACAAAACUUAAGUAUUUUGUAGUUGGACAGGAUCUGUUCUUAAUUUUUUUCACUAGUUAUCCGUUAAAAUAAUUAUUGUGCGCUAAAUGUUUCUGGUGAAUUGUUUCGUACAAUUUUAGGCUUGACAAAGGUUUUUCUUUAUUUUUUCAUUGUGCUAUAAUGGGAGCUACUUGGCGAAGAA